GAUGGCUGAUGUAGAGAAUGUUACUCUUCCCGAGAAUAUAACAAACCUAAAAUGGGAAGGGAAACCAAUUUUUCCUAUUGCUAACGAAGAAAAUCGUGUAUUAUCUGAAGAAUUGGCCAACGUGAAGAAAGAAAUUCAAGACAUUCAGGUAAAGAUCGACGAUCAGUCGAAACUGAAUAGUUUGUUGGAAAAUCAUCGUAAGGAUGUGAUAAAAGAGAUUAAUUCUUUAAAACAAGUGUGUCAAGCGAGAAAGAGAGAGUUAAUAGCUGGAGAGAAUGUUCAUAAAUUAUUAUUACGCGAAAGAUCGUGGCUGGAAAAACAUUCAAAGAUACUAAAUAAGGAAAUAAAUUCGUGUAAGGAGAAGCAAGAAAAGUGUAAAGCUUCCAUAGUAGAACAGAUGAGUAAAAAAGAAAAGAUACAGAACGAUUUGCAUAUGGAUCAUGGAACUUUAGAAAAAUGGCUUAAAGAAUCUGCUAAAACCGAAGGUGAUGUUGAAAUAUUGGAGAAAUACAAAUAUUUAAAUAACGCUAGAAUAAGAGAUCUGGAAGUAAAAAUAGAAUACGCUAAUAAGGAUUUAAAGCAUUGGAAAACUGUGGCCAAACAAAUUAAUCUAGAAAUAUUAUCUCUACAAGCAGAACUGAAUCGUUUAGCUGAAGAUUUUAAACUUGCUCAUCAACAGAGACGUGACAUUUUAAACCAGAUAGAGAAAGGAAUAGAAAAGAUACGAAAAAAAGAUAAUGAGAUUAACGAUUCGGUUCUGCAAUUAGAGCAGAUUAAAAAAGAGAUUUCUCGGUUAGAAGACGAUAAAAAGGACAGAAAAAGGUUUCUAGAACGAUCAAUUCACGAUAACAGGAAUCUGGAAAAUGUUCUCAGACGUACCGAACAAGAAUUGAAAACGAUUCGAAUUGAGGUAAUGCGAUUACAGAAACACAAAGAAGAUUCAAAUUCAGAAUUAGAGAUCCAGAGACACGCUAUUAAUAAUCUAACCACAAAAUUGUCAGGUUUACGUAUUGAGAAGAAAGAAAAAGAGAAACAGAUUGAACAGAAAAAAUUGUAUUUAGAACAUAUCGAUCGAGAGAAAGAAAAAUUAGAUAAAGAUUUAGAACAGUUAAAAGAGGAUGAAGCUAACGAAGAAAAAUGUUUCCAGCGUUUAGAAGACGAUAUCAAAAAAGCUGAAAUUAAAUAUGAGAAGGAAAAAAAGAAGUUGAAUGGUUUUUUAUGCGCUAAAACAAAAGCCUUUAAGGAACUAGAAAAGUGUAAAUCGGAAGAAAAAGUAUUUUUAAAUAGAAUAGAUAAAGCUAAAUCCGAUAUUAAAGAUAUUAAAAAAAAUAAAUCUCGAGAAGAAGCAAAAGUACUUCAAUACCAAGAAGAAUUAUACAAGUUAGAUUACCAAAUAUUAAAAUUAGAGCAAGGCUCUAGAGAAAGAAAAGAUGGAACUUCAGAACAGGAUGAAAUUAUUGAUUUAAAAGCCACAUUAAAUAAGUUAAAGAAGAUUCACGAAGAAAGAAUGUGCAAUUUAAAGUUUUUAAAUAUUCACAUACGUAAUAAUCAAGAAGAAAUUUAUCGAUUAAGAAACAAACUUCAAAAAACCAAAUCGGAUCAAACAGAUUAUACGAAUAAAUUACAAGAAAUUAAGCUUUACAUUUCAUCAGCUCAAAACGAAUAUAAAAAAGUGGUGGAGGAAAGGGGAGAACUUACUAUAGAAGAAUGCUUAUUAAAAGCAAAAUUAAAACGGUUGCAAAAAUUGUUAGAUAAGAAAGUCGAUGAUGUGUUUAGUGUACAGAAAGAAAAUGUACAGUUCGAAAGCAAUGUUAAACGACAACUCGAAGAGUUAAAUGCUCGAAAGAAUGUUCUGAAAUGUGAAAUAAGACAAUCUGAUCAAGAAAGACAGAUGCUAUACAAUAAACUUAAUAAAUACCAAAACAGAACAGAAGCUUUGCAAACAAAGUACAAAUGCAUUCUAAGUGUUUUGGGAUUAAAAGACGAUGACGAAAGGAAGGAAAUCGAUUUAUUAAUCGAAGCGGAACAAGAAAAAGCAAAACUAAGAAAUGACAUUUAUGAAGAAAGCAAAACACUCGAGAAAAUGGUGGAAGAAGUGAAGGGCUUAAAAAAUAGCCUGAAGCUAGUUAAAGAUACAAAUGAAAUAUAUAAACAAUGGCUUAAGUCUGAUGAAGACGAUGAUACUCUUCGUGUACGCGAAAUGGAAGCAGAAAAGAAAAAACUCGAAGAACAAGUCGAACAAAAAAGGAAAGAAUUGAUUCGUGUUAAAGAUGAAAUAGCUUCUUUACGAGUCAAGAAUGAAGAGUUAGAAAGGAUUUACACAGAUAUGCAAACGAAUUUAACCGAAAAGAAUUUUAGUUUAGAGAAAAUCAGCCGAGAAAUACAAGAACAAGAAGAAAAAUUAAGCAGGUCCGACGAUAUCAAUUACAGACUAACUUUAAGUGCCAAAACUUCGAAUGCGAAUGCGGAAUUACAGAUGGAAGAUGUUAAAAUUAGAUUAUUAAAAGAACUUUACAAACAGGUAAUCAAUUUAAUAGAAGAAAUGUGCGAAAAACAUCCUCAAAUUAUACAGAGGGUGCGAUGUUUGUUCACGGAAGCAUCUCUACCCCUUCCAGCAAAAAUUUCUGACAAAACGUCUUUAAGAAAAUGCAGUUGGACUUCUUCUACUUUAUCAAAAUUGAGUACUCCUGCUAGUAGAUCUCAAUCGAGAGGUAUUAAUAAAUCGAGUGGUUCGGAAAGGACUGUCAUGUCUACGAAGAUUGUAAGUUUAAGUCUAGAUCCUAUAGAAGCGAGAAGUGAAAGUAAAACUUCUCUGCAUUCUAGCCAAAUCAGCGUGAAAAGCAAAUAGUCUAAAAUCUUUAUGCAUUUGAAUUAAAUGGUGCUAAAUAAUUUUUCUAUAAUUAAAAAUAUUUUAAAAAUUACUUGGAAAACGAUUUUAUUCCGAAAA